AUGUCAACCAGCAACAAUAACGAAGAACGGGCGGUGUUUGCUUCCACCAUCUUGGUGGAAUCGUCGCCAGUGGAGGCCUCCAACAUCUUUUUAUCGAGAUUAUUGGAAUCCAAGGGGUUGAACAACCAGAUUGGGUCGUUUUUGUUCGAUUACAUGAUGAUCAACCGACAUUACGCUAGCAAAUUGCGCAAGAUCCUCGACACCAAGGGCAAGAACUUGAACCAAUCGAUUGACCAGUACAUCAAGAAGGAAACCAAACAUGAUGCCAAGUACGCCGCCGCCAAACCUUUGGGUGCCGAUCAUUUGGGCCAGUUUGGCGAUCUAUGGACCGGGGUGAUCGAUGAUAUUAAAGAGGAAAUCUACAUCACCGAAAUGUUUUGCAACAACAUGGAAAAACAAUUGAUCAGUCCAUUGAAGAAAUGCUUUGACAUCAACAAGAACAAAAAGUACUCGAAUAUGUUGGACACGGUAUUGGAAUUAUCUAAAACCGCCGAGGCCGUCGUGGACUUGCCAGAGGCGGACGUUGGUGGUGCCGCCGAAGAGGAGGAAAGUCACAAGUUUAGCUUGAAGGGUCAUCAUCAUAAAAAAUCUUCUUUGAUUGCCAACAAUGACGAAUGGGCUAUCAAGUCGCCACAAGUCAGUGAGCAAUUUGAGAGUUUUGAAUUCAACAGAUUGUUGUUUUUGAAAGACGUGUUUAUCAGUUUCCAAAACAACUCGAACUUCCGGUUCAAUGAGAACUUGAAGCAUAAUGAAAACUUGUUCAGUGUGUUAGUGGGGUUCAAUCCGGAUGAUGAAAUUGCGAGAUUCGCUGAACAAUCGGUGAAAAACGACGCGGGAAAACCUGUCAAGCCAUUACCACCAAUUUCCAAGAACACCGAUGACGAUGUGAAUUUUAUUUCCACCCCACCAAUGACCAAGAAGAAAUCCACUACUAAUGCCAACGCGAAGCCUUCCGAAACCCUUGAUACUGCCUCUCAUAAUAAUGAUUUCCAACCUCCACCAUUACAACCUCAAAGAUCCAAUCCUUCGACUAUUAGCAGCCAAGUGACGGAAAAAAGACGUAGUGGGUUGCGUUCCAAGAUGGGGACAUUGUUUGGGAAAAAGAAGAAUAAGCAAAAGCACCCUCACCAAGACUUUGCAACUACAAAGUCUAUAGUUGAAGAUGAACGGGUGGCAGAAACAGCACCACCAGCCAUGGCUUCUGAUAAUCAACCAAUUGUUGUCAAGGACAACGAGAAAGUUGCAGCACCACCAGCACCACCAGCACCAGGACCAUCUUCUGAACCAGCGACCACCCCACUUCAAGAAAAGACUAUCGAACCAAGAUCCAGUUUUAUGAAUGUGAAAAAGGAAUCAUCAAAGGCUGAGGAAGAAAUGUCGAUUAAUCAAAGACCAUUGGUGCCUAAUGUGAGAAGUGACAGUGCCAACUCUGUUACCGAGCCAUCUUCCAAUAAUAAUGCAUUACCACCUCCCCCACCUCCAACCAGAAAAGUGGGUACUGAGCAUCCACAACAGCCACCGGUGAAAAAAGAUAGAAGAGAUAUCCAAUCGACAUUAUUCACCAACUUGACCGCCGCGGAUAUCAUGGAACAAGGCAGGGGUGGUAAUAAUAAUAAUAAUAGUAAUAAUAGAUUAUCAUUGAUUGGCGAAGAACAACCAAUGUCGUCGGUACCACCGCCAUUACCAAAGAAUGCCAGUUAUUCAAUUAGUGAAGCGUCCAAGAAACAUGAUAGCGUGUUUGGUCUGCAUCAUGGUAGUGUGACGUCCUUGGCGCAAUCGCAAAUCACCACCACCAAGACCGGCAACAAGUUCACCCACCCGGAACUUAAUCAAAGAGGGUUAAACGCCAGUGUUAGUGAGCUGAUUAAAGUAUCUAUUAGAGAUGGUUUCACCGAGAAUUGUCAAAUCAUUGGUGAAGUGGCGAUGACCUAUUUUGCCGACCAAAUGGCCUCAUCACCACCACCACCACAAAGUUAUUUGAAAUUGAUUGAUCUGCAAAAUGUGAUUGAGAAAUUGAUUCCUAACCACUCGUUCUUGGAAGCCAUUGACGUUGAAGGGUUGCCGGUUUCUGAAAAAUGCUUCAAACAGAACUUGUCGCAGAUCAGUAACCGUACCCUUGGCGGGUUGAAAUAUUUGGUGUCUAGUGCCGAUUCGCCAAUUGUGAUAUUACCAAUAUGGAGAUUCGAGCCGCAUCAAGCGAGUUGUAUGAUUGGGAUUAAAUUAAGUGAUUCGGUGUUGGCGAAACUUGGGGACGAUGAUUUGGUGCAAUUGGACGAUUUUGUGUUAUCUAUUGCGUUGGAAGACGGGGUAGAAAUCCAAUCGGCGAUGUCGCGUCCAUCAGGGACUUUCAAUAAAGAAAAACGCAGAAUCACUUGGAAAUAUACCGAACCGAUCGUGUUAUCCAAAACCCAUGGGGAAGAUAAGAUUGUUGCUAGGUUCAUGACCAAUGGAAUUGCCAAAGAAAGCAAGAAUGGGGCACAAGCGAAGUUUGUGAUUAAUAAUGGUAAAGGCGGGGAUAAAGUGGUAUCGAAUAUUGCGUUGGAAUAUUGUAAUGAGUUGGGUGAUCAUCAACAAUGGGAAAGGGUCAAUGUGGCUAAGACUUUCAGUACCAAUGUGUUUACUGCUCAUUCGGUUUGA